AUGAGUUUAAGCAUCCGAUCCCAUGUAAACUCUCCUUCAUUUGAUCCAAUAACUGAAAGGAGAUCUGCAAACUACCAGCCCAGCAUCUGGGGCUUCGAUUUUCUGCAAUCUUUAAAGAGUGAUUACAUUCAAGAGGCCUACAAGGACAAGACCAAGAAAUUGGAAGAUAAAGUAAAGCAUAGACUUGAUGAUAGAGCCAUGGGGCAUCUUUAUCAGCUUGAGCUGAUUGAUGACAUCGGAAGGCUUGGGUUAAGCUACCUCUUUGAGGAGGAGAUCAAGAAAGCCCUGGACACUAUAGGAUGCAUGAAAGAUAUGGAUACUAGAACUGAGGAGAGUCUUCAUGCUACUGCUCUUCGAUUUAGGCUCCUUAGACAGCAUGGAUAUGAAAUCAGCCAAGAAGGUGAAAAUAUAUUGGACGAGGCCAGAGAAUUCACGAGGACAGUUUUGGAGGGGAUCAAGUGUGAUAUGGAACCAAGGCUUGCAAAAUUAGUGAUUCAUGCUUUGGAGCGUCCUCUCCACUGGAGGAUGCAUUGGUUAGAAGCUAGGUGGUACAUUGACAUCUAUGGGGAAAAGGAGAACUCAAUUCCUGCUUUAAUUGAACUAGCAAAGUUAAAUUACAACAUUGUCCAAGCUGUACACCAGAAAGAUCUAGCUGAAUUGUCAAGGUGGUGGGAACAUUUGGGCCUUGGAGAAAACUUGGGUUUCGUUAGAGAUGAUAUGGUCCAACGCUUUUUGUGGGCAUUGGGAAUGAAACCUGAACCUCAUUUAAGUAAUUUUAGGAUUGAACUUACAAAGGUUCUUGCUCUAAUAACAACGAUCGAUGAUGUUUAUGAUGUUUAUGGAUCUUUGGAAGAACUCGAGCUUUUUACUGAUGCGGUGGAGAGAUGGGAUAUUGAGGCCGUGGAACAACUUCUAGACUAUAUGAAGAUAUGCUUCUUGGCUCUUUUCAACACUAUUAAUGAAAUGGCCUAUGUUCAACUCAAGAAAACCGGAUUUAACAGCUUACAUUUCCUAAAGAAAGAGUGGGUUGAUUUAUGCAAAGCAUACUUGAUAGAGGCAAAGUGGUAUUACAACAAUCACAGAACAACUCUUGAGGAGUGCCUAAACAAUGCAAUUACUACAAUAUCAGUAAAAGUCAUACUUAUUCAUGCAUUUUUCUCUUUGCGACAAACUUUUCGAAAGGAGGCUUUAUAUUGCUUUUCACAAUAUCCAAGUCUCUUAACUUGGCCGUCGAUGAUUGUUCGACUUGCUAAUGAUCUUGGUACUUCAAAGGAUGAAUUGGAGAGGGGUGACGUCUUAAAAUCAAUCCAGUAUUACAUGCAUCAAACUGGUGCUUCAGAAGAUGUGGCUCGUGAACAUAUAAGGCACAUGAUUGAUGAAAUGUGGAAGAAGUUAAAUAAGGAAGUAAUCAUCAGUGAUGAAUCUUUAUUGCCCCAACAUUUUAUUAGAACCACCAUAAACCUUGUUCGAAUAUCUCUGUUUAUAUAUCAAUAUGGAGAUGGCCAUGCUACAAUAGACAACGAGAGCAAGAACCAAAUAACAUCCUUGUUUUUCGAACCUAUUCCGUUGGUGGUCACUUAAGGGCCAGUAGGUAGAAGCAGGUGUGCCUAGAGUUGAACUCUCCUACUUCAUUAGAUCAAUCUUUCCUGAAAUAAUAAAAAGUUUAUUGUUAAAGAUGACUGAAAUGUUUUAGAACCGAAUAAAAGGUGAAUGUUUUCCUUCCUCGAGGGAGGUAGUAGAAUCUCAUCAGAAACUUGUUUCCCGUCUUCUUGGAUCAGAAUCAUUAGAGUUAUGAUAUUGAAAUAAAAUCCCAUGUGUGAGAUCUUUGUA